GUGCCAGCGGCUUCAGUACCCGUCGAGCUUUCCCCGAGGCCGGAGCUUGCAAGCUCGCCGUUCACGCGCUCGCGCUCUGCACUUGUAUACUGCGUGCCGAUAUAGUGCGUGUUUGUGACUGUGUGCCUGGAAGAUGUAGCCGAGGAAAGUCCGAAAGCCGUCGACGAUUAUCUCACCUGGUAAUCAAUGUAAAUACAGCGCGGGGGCUUUAAUGAACGAGUCGAGGAAGGUGUACAAAGCGCGAGUGUGUUUGCGAAUAGGUGUAGUAUAGUGAACUUCCGCGAGAGAGAAGAAGAAGAAAAAGCUCCAGAACACACGUAGCGCUUCAUCGACCGUUAAAUGAUCGAAGCUUCGGAGUCGAGUUGCCGGAAGCUUCGGAGCCAUGGCGACGACGUCUACGGUGCCCUGGUACAGUAACCAUGAGCGCGGAAGCUCGACGAUGAUGCCCAUGAGCAGCAGCACCACGACAACCUGUCCGCCCAGCAAUUUUCCCGACAAGUUUCAAGAUUUCUUCGCGGCCCUCAGCGAGGACGUCGACGAUCUUCCCAGUAUGCUCGAGGACAAGCUCAUACCCAGAAAAGAGGACGACUCGAACCUGGACGUCCUGAGCAACAGCAGCAACAACAACAACAACAACAACAUCAUCAACAUCAACAACAAGCAGCGCUGGUCCAAGCGAGCCUUCCAGCGGCGCAGCAGCGAGGUUGAGGUACGAUUACACGGCAGCUUGCAAAGCGAUGUUCAAGGUAUGGGGAUCGAAGGUCCCAAGUCGCCGACUCCAUCCCGGAGACGCAGUUCCAGCAUCGCCGUUGCUCGACCUACUCCCGAUCUUCACAGAUUUCUGCAGGCAGAAGCGGGUCCAUGGGGUCACCUGUCGCCGUCGCCCCGAAGUCCGACGCGAACGCCCGCGUUGAGCCCAGGCGCCGUGUCGCAGACGUCCCAGCACUUGAGUCCAGGAGCGAGUCCCGGUGGGCCCAGUCCGACGAGUCCCGGAGGACCUGCUGCCGCUGGUGGUAGCUCGAGAUUACCACCUCAGUCGAGGCAUCGAGGCAGGACCAGCAGUAUGCCAGCCGUUCCCAGACACAGGCCUAUGCUUGCGGAAACGAGACGAGGCGGCCUCGGAAACAACGGCGCCCACGGGGACGACGACACGGAGGACGGCGUCGAGUACUACAGACUCCGGAGCUUCUCCAUUACUGCCAACGGUGUCUUCAACCUCGGCGAUUCUCUCAAGAGUCGACGCAGCCGCAGCAUCAACAGCGUCACCUCAUCCGGCACAAGCUGCAGCAGUACCAGGGACGCCAGACUGCUCAGCUCGGCGUCUCAGCUGUCGGGUAUCGAGACCGGGGCCGACGGCGAGCAUCAGGCCGAGGAUGGAGGUUCUCGAGUCGCCAGCUACAAGGUCGGCAUGCUCGGUGCCUCCGGCGUUGGAAAGACUGCUCUCACCGUCCAAUUCACCACCAGCGAGUACAUCUGCGCUUACGACGCUUCGCUCGACGACGAGUACGGCCAGAAGAGCGUGUCGGUGAUGAUCGACGGGCAGGAAACGGAACUCGAGAUCAUCGAUCAUCCGGCGACGGAGAUGUCGGUCGAGGCGUUCUGCUCGACUUACAACGUGGACGUGUACGUGGUCGUGUACUCGGUGGUGGACAGACGUAGCCUCAAGUUCGCCGAGGAGACGCUGCUGCAUCUGUGGAAGAGCGACUACAUGGCCGGACACGGGGUCAUACUCGUCGGCAAUAAAGUCGACCUCGAGCGCAAACGAGAAGUUCCCGCUAUGAUGGGUCGUCGCCUGGCCAACAGCUGCGGCUGCAAGUUCAUCGAGACGUCCUCGGGUCUGGCCCACCACGUGGACGAGCUACUCGUGGGUAUCCUCGCCCAGAUAAAGCUGAACCCUCAGCGCGACCGGGACCAAGUGACGCGUCGCAGACGCAGCAAACAACGUCGGAAGAUCCUGAAACACCUGCUCGGCUUCAAGAGGAAAACCAAGAGCUGCGAGAACCUCUUCGUUCUCUGAGAUGCCUCCGACAGUAUAACUCUUUAUAUCACAUGCUAUUAUUAUACUCCGAGCGAUUUUAGUUCUAUCUUCAAAGGGUGUGAGACUAUAUACCAGAUAUACAACGAUCUCGAGUACCUAUUUUCGCGAAUCAUCUAUAUAAAAUAUACACAUCAGAGUAUAAGCGUCUUUGAGAAAUUUCGAAUCGGAGAACACGAUGAUGUAUCGCAUAGCCCCGAAAAAAAAUUCCAUAUUUCAUAUCCAAAGGAUAUGUGUCACACCUGGACGUCGUCGUUCCUUUGAAAGCCAGCCAGGCGCGAAACUAAGGUACUCGCACACAUCCCUCACUUUUGCGUUAUUGUAUAGCUAUGGGUAUAAAAGCAUCAGAGACGGUUUUUCGGGAGCUCGACCCUUUGCUCGAGUGCUUUCGACGGCUGCGCACAAGAUAUAGAAGAUUGAAUUUUCGGCCGAUAUGACGAUGGAGAGAAAGAGAGCGAGUACUUUUUCUUCUUUUCAUCGCGCCGUUGCGUUUUCUUUGCGAGGAGAAUUACGAUAUCUCGGACACGCCGCUGUUGAGAGGCUUUUACAUUUUGCGCGCGGCUCUUCUUUUGCUGUGUAUAUAGGUAUAUUUUGCAGCUCUUUUGGAAUUUUUCUCCGUUAAGGAGCUUUUGCGUUUUUAUGUUUUUUUUUUAAUUUUUAAUUUUUGAUUGUAGUUGCUUUUUGAUAGGGACUGGUACUAAUAGUUUGUAUAUAUAAUUAUGAUGCUAGGCGAUGCUUAAUAUUUGCUGUGGUUGAAUCUGCGCUUGCGGGGAUUGAAAGUAUAUGAUUAUAAAUUAUUUCUUUAUAAAGCAUGAUUUAUUUUAAGGAUAAAACGCGCUAUCGCUUGACACUAUAAAGGUAACGUUCAAUCGUGUUCUAUAUCUUCUGAAUUGUAAAAUGCACACAUCAAUGCGAUAAUAUAUGCGAGUGUGUCGUUCAAUACACUUAUAUUAUAUUAUAGUCGAGGAAAAUAAUUAAACACGUUCGUAUAUCAAGGAUUACAGAGGCAGUCGAGUGUUGUAUGAAAUUCUUAGACUUUAAGCGUGAGAGGCGAUGCGAUUUUUACGAUUCGAUGAUUGUUAUAAACUUAUACAUUAUAAUAAUUAUAGUCGGUGCGUAUUAUUAGAGAAAUCAAAAGAACGGAUUUAUUCAAAGCGGCCAAUACAACUCGCAUUAUUGCCAAACUUGGUAAACGUUGCGCAUAACGAUCAUGUGAAUCCCGCAAUUUUCAAAAUAGCAUUAAAAAAAAAUUAUAAGCCAUCACACUAUAUACUUAUUAUUUUCACGCUGUUUGUGUAUACCAACCCUCGACGGUUCUCAGAACGCAAAUCAACGAAAAACCAAUAUAAUGCUAAAAAUAAUAAUAAUACUAAAAGUACGCUGCAGAAAAUAAUAAAUACGACACACGACGAAUCAGCGUGAAGAUUCCGCGAAAAAAGGGGUCAUCCGUCACGCGCCUCAUCCUGAUGUCAACGCAAGCGAUCGAUCUUCCUCGGGACGACUCUCGCGGUUCGCGAGGCUUAAUUUAUAGCUAAAUCCCUCCCCCCCCCUCUCCUUAUACACUCUCGCAUCUUGUUCCGUUAUUCCCUUCUCUCGCAGUCGCCCGAAACUUGAGCCCAAAUUCGCUCUGACGUCGUGUAUAUACCUAUAUACAUAAUAUACGUAUACAACGCGUAAUAUGGCGAAAAUUCGCGGUUGAUGCUUUAUUACAGAGACGAGCGACUAGUUAGCUCGAGAGUUGUUUAGCUCGGCGGAGUUGUGCAGUGAUUACCGCUCUAACACUGAAUUCAAUGGAGGAAGUUAAUUCGCGCUGCGGCUGACGUAAUUCUGACUCGACUACUGAAGAGACUUGGGAGAGUGGCUGAUGAUGAGGCGAAAGAAUUCGAGUGUGCGCUUGUAUGCGUGGAUAGCGAUUAUAAAACGAGUCUUUCAGAAAUUUUCUUAGUUAUUAUAACGACGCAGGAACAAUAAGUGGGAACGACUGUGGACGCCACCAAAAAUAAACCGGUCGUGUAUACGAUACAAACUUUUGCAUAUAUAAAUGUAUGAAACCUCGCUGUGUUUAUUGUCGAGCGAAGCGUAGGUAUGUUUUUAGCGUGUAAUCAAAAAUUUCUCCACGUAUAUCGUGUGCACGCAAAAUAAAAGUACGUCAUCGCUGUGCACUUGAGCAUAAACAAGAACCUCCAUCAAAACGUGCACUUUUUCGAUAGUAAACAGAGAGAGAGAGAGAGAGAGAGAGAAGAGAAUUUGUCACCUUUCGCGAUCUCUUUAUCCUGAUUCGCUCCCGUCGAAAAAGCUCACGGGGCACGACUACAUACUAUAUACAUCUGUAUCAGCAAUGUAAACCCUGCCUUUGGCGCGUAGGUGCGAUUUUGUGAAUUUCCGCUCGACAAAACUCACCCCGCGCGCGUGUACAAACGUAAACUAACUUUAUCCCGGGGGCUCUGCGGGUAUGGCAAGUUCUGUCAAGACGUUCCGAGACGUGAUGGUAUGCAAAAGUGUGCUUUAACUCGAUCGAAUUAUAGACACUACUGCAAUUGAUUUUAUUAAAGUAAAGCUUGAGUUCUCUCUCGGGUGACCGAUAAAUCCGCGUCUUAAUCAGCGCUACUCGCUAAAUCUGCAAUUCGCUGCUCUCUCUCUCUCUCUCUCUCUCUCUCUCUCUCUCUCUCUCUCAGCUCUCGCGGAUCCAAUUGCGCAGUACAGGGUCGGGCUGCAGCUGCUGCGUGUACACAAAGCCGGUGAAUUUCGUUAAUACGUUAUAUAUAUAUAUAUAUAUAUAUAAUGCUGCGCAGAAGUGAACUCUAGUAUAUGCAUAUACGUUAUGCUUCUUGAUCCUCAGCGGAGAAACUCGUCGGCGAGUUCAAAGGGCGAGAUUUCGUAAGUCAUCAGAAACUCGAGGUUCUCCAGGGCGCGCAGCUGUUGCUCCCUUUUUCUGUGCUUUGUUCGACUCUCGCUAAAGCUCGGGUAUACACAUUAUACUCCGAAGAAAAUUGUCUAUUAUAUACAGCGUCUUCUAUUAUAUAUGCAUCUGGAAACACAUCGCGACUUUGUUUACACGCGCGAAUGUAGGUCAAGCGCGUUUCUUUCCCGGCUCUGUUUAUAUCGCGAAAACGCUCUAUUUAUCGGAGAAACACGACGGCGAUGCUAUGUAUUAUAGAUACUGCCGCUCGAGAACAGCAGACCCUUCUCUCAAUCAUGUAAAUUUUUCGAAACACGCCCACAAUUCACGCGAAUAUCUCUUCGCUUAUAAAUAAACAUGUGUGUGUGUGUGUGUGCGUGUGAGUGUAGGUUCGCAGAGCGAGACGAACUUGUACAUACAGCUCGCUUAGUAUCGGAAUAUUCUGAAGGGGCCUUUGUCGAAAAAAGGGACGGCACUUGACCCCGCGUCACCGCGGAAUUGUGUUUCGCCGGCCGAUAUGCGGCCUCGAGGGAAAAAAACCUUGAUAUAGGCUGUACGUCUCUUCUCUACUCUUUUCGCGUAACUGCGCGUCGGGGGAUUAAAUUUUAAAAGAUAUAAGAUCGUCUCGCGUUAAACUUUCAUUAGCAAAUAAGCGUUACGGUAAUGUACUCCCCCUCUCUAUAGACACUUUGCAUUUGAACGACCCUCCGAUACGAUAUAAACACCUCUCCUGUGUGCGAUCAUCGACGAGAGAAUGUAUGGGAAUUUUUUUUUUUUUGAAUUAAGAAAAAUACAUAAAAGUCGCCGCGAAUCGGUCUCGCGGAAAAAGGAGCGCGAAUGUAAAGUAGGCUAAGAGUGGAGCCAGCGCAGCAGAAAAAAGCUUCAAGAGAGGCGGCACGAUAAAAGGGGCCAAAGGGAUAAGAAGCUGCAUGAAAAAAAAAAGCGAGCCCGGUAUAAGAAGACGUUUAAGGCGUCGUAAUGACAUGAGAAAAAGCUCCUAAUGAGAGAACCUUCUUCUUUUUUUUGCAAUCGAUGCAACGACGCGUCUUAUCUCGCUCUGGCGAAAAUUGCGUCUAUGCACACGUAUAAGCGUAUACACUGAGGCUAAUUCUCUUUACACCGAGCUUGAUGAGCAGCUUGUUGUAUUUUUUACCUUCUUUUUUCAACACAAGACGUUAUGACUUUGUUUUUGCCCGACAUUUUUCCUGCCUUUUCCAGAAGAGCGGAAAUAAUGAUUUCCCUUCUUUUUCGGUACCGUCGGCGUAUGAAGUAGAUAUAUAACCUAUGCUCCUAAGAGUUCCUCGUCUCUCGCGACUUUUUCGGUCUCUCGGCGAGAAAAAGAGAGAACAAGCUGGGACACGCGAUGAGAAAUGUAUAUCGCCUGACUCCCAGCAUAUCACUUUCUAUAUUAGGUGCUCUCUACUCGCGAGAUGUAUACCAUAUACAUGGAAGAUAUGUAUACGCGAUUUCACUGCAGUUUUCGACCAAUGGAGAAACUCUUUCUCGCUUAUCUUUAUACCUACACGUAUAUACGCGUGUCCCUCGUAUAUUAUAUAUAGUAUAAUGUAUAAACUGCGCGGGAAUAUUGUAAGCAGUCGCUAUUCUGGAUUGCCGUAACUUACCGUGUUGUCACUAUACUCCUAUAUAUCUACUAUAUAAUUAUAGAACAGCGAAUUUAAGAUAAAAUGUAUAUCGCAUUAGCUUAAUUAUCCUUUACCACAAUUACAACACAAUCAAUAUAAAAAUACCAUGUAUUCAUGCGACAUUAGAGGCUAGAUUAUUCUGAAAUAUACAUGAAUUUUCUACUCGA